UUCGACACGUCGGACAUCAAAGUUGUUUUUAAUUCGUGUUUCUGUGGCGGUGGAAACGGAAUUUGUUUUGAAUUUUUGGUUUCGUAGUAAGCAAGCGUGCGAUUAUAAAAUUUAUUUUUCAUAUUCUGCAAUUUAUGUGCAUACGGUUUAACAGCAUCUAAUGGGAAUACUCAAACCCGGUCUACUUUAUCGGUUCGGAAGAUAUUCUUAACUUCAUCUCUAGCGAGUUUAAGUGCAUUUUGUGCGCGUAAUUCAACGGCAAAUAACAAGUGUUAAUUUCAUGAAGCACGAAUAUUGAUAUCAAAGAAUGAAGUGGCAUUUAUGUGCAACAAGAAUAUAAUUAUACAACAAUUAAAUUAUUUCCAUAUAAAAAGUGUUGCUAAUCAAGUUAAUCAAACUUCCAAUGAAAAAGUGAAAAUAGUGAGUGAGUACUUGAUUAAUUAAAAAAGUGUUAUAAUAAUAUAAUAAUACGAAUGUAAAAAUAAAAGCAAAAGUGCCAGCGUGCAGUAAAAAUAAAUCUUAAACUUAAUUAGACGAAGUGAAUUAAAUGCCGUCAUCCAAGAGUCGCAAGGCUACGAUAACACGUUGAUCACGGCGAUUUAGUUACCAGCAAGCAGUGUAUUUGUUGUUUGUGCCAACUCUGGCUAGGUGAGCGAACUUUUUAACUGAUUCAUGCCAAAGGAUUAAUGCUCUGUUACUUUGGUGCGGAGCACUCAGUAAAAAGCGAGUAAGACGACCAACACCGGCAUUUUAAGUUUCAUUGACAAUAACAACAAAAGUGUGAAAAGUGCAAAAGCAAAAGCAAAUACAAAAGAUUACAUUUCCAUAACUGCACGAACGAAAUCAAUCAAAUACAACCGACCAACGGCCGUUUUACUUUUGCUUCAACUUGAACGCUUCAAUAUCUUUCCAGCUCACAUCAACUUUUUCGGACAAAAAAGGUGUGCAUUUGUAGAGAAAUUGAGCCAACACUGAAAAAAUAAAAAAAAAAAACAAAAUGCUUCCACACAUGCAACGUCGUCGUUUAGGCUCUGUCGGCGAUUCGGCGCCACCAUCGGAAUCCUCCGAGGGUACGAAUUCAUCCGAACAAAAUGAGCUGAUGAUCAAUCCCGAUUGGUCCGCACACUCACACACCUCGUCGGUACAUACGCACACAAACACGCACACCACUGCAUCAUCGACGAACAACACGAAUACAGCAAAUAAUCACAACAGCACAUAUUUCGUUGGCUCCGAUGUGGACGCCGACACGCUAAGCAUCGAUACAACGAGCAAUUCAAAUCUCUCCGAGUAUGAGCGCGGUCAAGUGGAGAGCUUUUUCGGCGGUUUGGGUACCGAUAUUUUCGUCUGCUCAUCGCUGGCCAAUCUGUAUGAAGGCACCGGCAAAGAGGGUGAUUGGCGUCUCGUCUUCACCGGCAUACCAGUCGUUUUACAUGAUCGUGGCAGCGCGCGCUCACGCGCCACAUCACGUGUCACAUUGGUGUUGGCCGAACGUGGCUCAUGUUUUGCACUCUGGUCAGAUCGCAUUGAUAAUUUGUCCAAUUAUCGUUUCGCCGGUCCAUCCUUUCACACGAUGUGCCUCUCAACGAACCAUCAACAGCUGAUUGGCUUCAGUUUCGAUUCAACCGAUUCGGCUUGCGAACUCUAUCAUCACAUUGAGAAGCUGGUGAGUGAUCCGGAAAAUAUAGCGCUCUCACUGCCGGGCAAGAAGAAGAAGCUAAAGCAGAAGCGUGUCAAGCCAGCGCCAUUGCCGCCGAAAUCGCAAAUCUCGCAACCAUGUCAAUUCCAGCAUGUCACGAGCGUUACGAAGGACGAUACGGAUCGGUACUAUAGCAUGCAAGCCUUUGCGCCACAGUCGCUGAAGCACCGUUGAGCGUAGGUGGAAAGUGAGAAGUGUAGUAGCCAUAACCUUACAUACAUAAAUAUAUGUAUGUAUGUAUGUAUAUAAGUAAAAUCAUAUAUUAGUGUUAUAAGCAGUUCGUGUGGCGGUGCUUAGGCGCGACGCAGCGACGUCAAUACGUGAACUUAGUCGUUAAGUGAACUUUUAAAAAUCCAACUUUUUAUUACUUAAUAUUAUGUGAAGGAAAUAUGAUAGCGAGCAGCAUAUUCAAACUGUUUGAAAGUAGCCAAAAUCAAUAAGCCGACCUUUGUAUCUUUCUACGCGCCUGCAACCCGGACAUUUUGUGUAAUAAAUAAAUAAAUCAAAUAAAUAAAUAUUUAAUAUUUA